AUGGCUUUGAGUGCAUCGUCUACUAGUGAGCCAUAUGACGAGGUCAAGGGAGAUGAAGAACAUGUUCUCUUACUACCAGGAGGCAGGCAGUUAGCCUACGCUCACAACGGUCCUUCAACUUCCCGAACCGUUAUCAUAUUCUUCGUGGGAAUCAUGAGUGUUGGGACAGCUGCUCAUGUCCCUGAGUCUUGUCGUGAGAUACAGGCUCAUUGGAUCUCCCCAACUCUCCCUGGCAUGGGGAAUUCAAGCAGUCGUGAUCACUCUGUGCCAUACCAUGUCUCUCUGGCCAAUGAUAUGAAUGCGCUGCUCCAUCACUUUUAUCCGACCGCAGACGUCGACUCUCUUUAUGUUGCAGGAGGUUCAUACGGGACUGUUCAAGCGCAAAUGUUGUACGGGGCACCAUAUGAUCUCUUUCCCUUUGGUCGAAAAAUUGUCGGGUGUCUCUUGCUCAGCGGCUUCUCUCCGUUGAAGUACCAUGUUGGAUACUCCAAGAAAAUCAAUUGGCACAACUGGGUCUCUAUUGGGCCGCCAACGAGAAUUAUUCCAUUCCGUUUAUUGCAGCAUCUCUUCAAGGUUGCCCUCGGAUCUAAGCUGAAAUCUGUCGAUGGCGCAGCCCAUUUUCUUAAAGAAACAAUAUUCAACAAGAUGGAUGAUGAAGAGAAGCAAAUAUUUCAGGAAUGGCUGCAAAAGAACAACUUCACAGAACACACGAUUAUCGAAGAAAUGGCACGUCGUACGGUCAAGUGCUGCAGCAACUGGGACGGUUUCAUGGAGGUGUCCGAUAUCAUUCAUUCCGACUGGGGAUUUGACCCCCGUACUCUAGACGCAGAACACUCCUCAAAGCCUGUGUUGGUUGUGGGGUCCAACAAGGACUACAUUGGAGGAGGGACUAACGACUGGCUUGUAGCCAACUAUAAGUACGCGAAACUCAAGUUGCUGCCCGGAGGCCAUAUAUCAUCGUUAUUUUUUAUGGAUGAGGUUUGUAGGGAGAUGAUUGGUGAUGCCAGCCGCAUAUGA